UCAUUCCGUUCGCGCGUCUGGGCUUUGGGAUCUGGGUCGCUCCUGUCAGGAGGUGCCCCAGGACUGCGGCGAGGCGGCCAGGUCGUCGCGUGAAAGGGGUCUGGGCCCUUGUGAGACCCCAGCGCGCAUUCCGAGGCGAGUCUAGGGUUCUUUGCGGGGCGGGCACCCUUUGCAAAGGGCGCUCAGGGUGGGGAGGACUCCUGCCGCCGGAGCGAAUGAAGACUCCCAGAGCUAGCGUGCCUUUGUACCGCAGCCUGGCUGCGCCAUCUCUUUCCCACGUUGCAGGGCUCCGCCAUCUUGUCCAUUUAUCUUGGGGGGCUGGGAGGGCUGGGGAGCGCGUGUGACCCUGAGUUUUUCUUAGGUUUUCCACCCCUGUGUUAGCUACAUUUGUUUUCCUUAGGCAGUCGCUGUUUUUUCGAUGGCACGUGGCUGGCAUUUUGUACAGCCUGGCACAAAGGUUAUUGGGGGGGAGGAUUUCUAAGGAAUGAGGCGGAGCAGAGUCUCGAAAUGAAUUACUGGGUUGUUUCUGAGAACCAUGUAGGUGUGGUUUUAGGAGUAAGCAAGUGGGGCCUUUGUUUACCCUCACGAAUCAUUCUGACACGGUCCGUCCAGGUAUCAGGAGUUUUGUGUUCACUCCAUGCAUCAGUCUCGUGAAACGUGACUUCUGGGCUCAUUGGUCCUUGGGGUCUUGGACAUCCCUUGGUUUCCUGAUUCCGGAGAAGACCCAGCCCCGUGGCAGGUGGCUGAUCAUCUGUCUCCCCACCACGACCCACCAAAAAUCCUCUCUGAGUUUCUUCUCCCUUUGGGCAACCAUCUGGAAAAUCAUUGACUUGAUCCUAACUGUGGCCGCGCCACAAGUAAAAGGAUUUUUCUCCUCCAUCACUGGCGCGCCCUCUGUCGCUGUUGUCCGAUGUAUUUCUCUUUCACUUUUUAUCAUUAAAAUCCUCAGGCUGCUGGGAGUGCCACCAAAGUUAAAGUUGGAACGUUUUGCCAUGUUUGCUUUCCUUGUGUUUUGAAGGCAUGUUUUUAAUUUCAUCGAAAAUAGUUAACACUUUAUAUCAUAUUUGUGGUUUCAAAGUCGUCUCCAAAAUGUCUUCCUCAGCGGAUUUGUUCCAGAAUGGUUGCAGUAAAGGGUCUCUGGUCAUUGCAUAUGCUGCUUAUAUCUUAGGGUUUUUUUGUUUUGUUUUGUUUUUCCUAGAAUAGCUCCCUCCUCUUAUCUCCCAAUAGGUUCUUCCAAGGGAUGGAUGUGUACCCUAGCAGCUUUCAUUGAUUCGGGUGUAUCUUCAAGCUGAGGGACCACCCACUACGACCUCAUCUUGGUGGUUCCUCCAGGAAUCAAACAGCCGCACCAUCCCUGUGCUUGGUCCUGCUACGGCGCCCCUCCGGGCUUCCUGCUGUUGCCUGCAGGGGACAGCCGUGACCAUGGCCGAGAGAGCACUGGCACUCACCCAGAUAAGGCGGGGGGACCGUUACUACACGUACACCGAGCUCCUGGCCAUCUCCCGGCGCUUCAAGCAGAACCCCAAUGAGCUCAUGAUCACCUGGAUCCUGCGCGUGUAUGACCAGGGGGGCCCGGCCCUGUCCCUGAAUUCUGGAGAGCUGGCCCUGCUGGGCGACCUGACCGGUGAUGCCAUCUUCAACUACCGCUGUAAGACCCUGCGGGGCGGCUGCAAGUCACUGCUCACCUGGCUGCUGCUGGCCUGGCGCCAGCGCUGGGAAUCUUUCCUGCACUUCGAGGCUACCGAGCUGCCCUUCCGACCCUGGACCACCAUGGAGGAGGGCAUCCAGCUGGUACGUGAGCUGGGCAUGCUGGACUGGAUCUACCGCGAGCCGCCCUCGCCUCCCGCAGGCGAGCAGGGGCUGCGGCCCGCGCCUGAGGACGUGCCCUUCACGCAGGGCCUCCAGCGGCGCCUGCUAACGGCCGCACCCUCGGAGCUGCGGCUCUCGCUCGUCAGCCUGCUGGUCAAGGGCAUGACGGUGCUGGAGGCGGUGAUGGAGAUCCAGACCAUCGCCGACGUGGGCCUGCUCUGGCGUCAGAGCCAGCCGGGCCGCGCCAAGCUCAUGUUGGGGCCCAACCCGACGCGCAAAGACCUCACGGGCUGGCUGCUGAGCCAUGGCGUGCCCAAGGAGACGGUGGACAAGCAGCCCACCAAGGUGCUCCUGGAGCUGUACAUCAAAGAGGCCAAGCGCAGCCGCGGCCACCCAGCCUACAUGCUGGGGGACGAGCAGCCCCCACCUCCGCCCUACUCAGACCAGGCCUGUGGGGAGGAGCCGCCUGUGCCUGUGCACCAUGACUAGGCCUCCCGGCCAUGGUCUUCUCAGUGGGACUCCGUGGCAGAGGGAGGCUGGAUUCCAGGGGAAACACAAAAGCUGGAGCC